AUGACGUUCCACUGACAUUCCGACGUCACACUUUAAACAUGGACGACGUGUCAUCGUAAGUGGAUGCAAAUAAAAACAAAUCUAAGCAGAAAAUCGUGAAAAUGGGCGACGUCGCGACGACGAAAUCAAACCUGGCUCAAAAUGAACCCGCCAUGAAAGGCUGGCUCUUCAAAUGGACCAACUACCUGAAAGGUUACCAGCGACGUUGGUUCGUGCUUCAAAAUGGACAUCUGUCAUAUUACAGGGCCGAGAAUAAUGGUGGUGUCCCAACUCUGUCAAUUCGAAGACGUAGAAGGUUCAAGCAGGGGAACCAAGCCGAGAUGACGCACACCUGUCGGGGCAGCAUUUCGCUACACGGUGCCUUGAUCUACACUGUAGACGCAUGCACGUUCGUUAUCUCGAAUGGGGGCACGCAGACCUUCCACAUCCGAGCGGCGUCAGAGGUAGAGAGGCAGUCGUGGGUGACAGCGCUGGAGCUCGCCAAAGCCAAAGCCAUACGCAGCAUGGAGUCCGAGGAGGACGAAGAGGAGGCCGAGGACGGCUCUGGCAGCCCCGAGGAAUGGUCGAGCGUCGUGCGCAAACUUGAAGCCCAAUUGAACGACAUUCAGACUUGCAGCGACCUGAUCCAGAAGCACUGGAAGUCGCUGGUGAAGCCUCUGACCGAAAUGGAGACAAAUCUGGACCCCGAUGGGGUCCAAAGUAAGUCGAAGGAGGUGGGAGAGAGGGCUACUCUUUUCCGCAUUUCCACCAACGCGAUGAUUAAUGCGUGCGCCGAGUACUUGAAGACUGCACAAGCCCACGGACACAAGUGGAUCCGGCUCCUCCAGCACGAACGCGAGCAGCGCCAGAGACUCCAAGAGAUGGUGGAGACGCUAGCGCAGCAACAUUCUAAGCUCGAACAGGCGGCCAACGCCCAUACAAACCGGCCAGUGAAUGCUAGUGACGGGGAAGAGGAGGAUGAAAAUGAGUUUUACGACGCGGUAGCCGAAAGCGUGGUUAGCUCGUCGGGGGUCUCUGACGGACACUUCACUUUGAACAUACCCACAGGCACCGGACACCGCAGAAAUAGCUCAGACAGUUCUAGCGAGCCCGAUGAAACAACUGAAACAAAACAGGUGGUCGUAGUUACGGGUAAAUCUUCAAGUUCGUUACGACAGUCGCAACACCAGACCGAAGCGUACGUUCCGCCUGGUUCCAACACGAGUAGAAAAGCCAGAAGAACUCGCGUUCCCGACAAGCCGCAUUACCCGCUGAACUUAUGGAGUAUUAUGAAGAAUUGCAUCGGCAAGGAUCUGUCGAAGAUUCCGAUGCCCGUUAACUUCAGCGAGCCGCUGUCGAUGCUGCAGAGGUUGACGGAGGAUUACGAGUACGCCGAUAUCCUGGAUGUGGCCGCGAAGGCGUCGGACGCGUGCGAGCAGUUGGCUUACGUGGCGGCGUUUACGAUUUCGUCGUAUUCGACCACCAGCUCGAGGACCGGGAAGCCGUUCAACCCGCUGCUGGGGGAGACGUACGAGUGCGAUCGGACGGAAGACUUGGGGUGGAGGGCCUUCAGCGAACAGGUCUCUCAUCACCCUCCAAUCGUAGCACAGUAUUGUGAAGGCCGGGGUUGGAAAUGCUGGCAAGAGUUCACAAUGACCUCGAAGUUCAGAGGAAAGUAUCUUCAAAUCAUACCAUUAGGAACCGCUCAAGUCGAAUUUGACAACGGGAAUAAGUUCUCUUGGAGAAAAGUCACUACUACUAUUCAUAAUAUAAUAGUCGGGAAAUUGUGGGUAGAUCAACACGGGGAUAUGGAAAUAGUCGGAAAAGGAGUAGCUGCGGGCAUCAAAUGCCAUCUUAAAUAUAUUCCGUAUUCGUAUUUCUCUAGGGAUACACAGAGGAGGGUGAAAGGAGUCGUGAUGGACGCUAGUGGAAACGUAAAGUGGAUUAUAAACGGAACAUGGGACGACCAGGUAGAAAUAGCUCCCGUGACGGGUAACACCGGCACCGCCACCAACCCAGUAUACGAAACCGGCGCGUCCAUCGUGGCCUGGAAGCGGCGAAUGCCGCCCCCAGACGCCGACAAAUCCUACGGUUUCUCGACCCUAGCAGCUCAACUUAACGAACCCGAAGACGGUGUCGCCCCCACGGAUUCGCGGCGGCGGCCCGACCAGCGGUUGAUGGAGGACGGAAAAUGGGACGAGGCCAACACGGAGAAAGUGCGGCUGGAGGAGAAGCAGCGGGCGGCGCGACGGAAGCGGGAGUCGGACGCGGAAUCCUCAGCCCAGGAAGGGAAGCCCUUCGAGCAGUACAAACCCACGUGGUUCGAACAAAUGACAGGCGACGACGACGUCGUGGUCCACGUAUACAAAGGAGAUUACUGGCAGUGCAAAGAGAAGCAAAAGUGGGAUAGGUGUCCUGAUAUAUUCUAGUAACUAAUCAAUAAAUAAUCAAGCUUCAAAGUAAUUAUCAGUGCUCUGUUAAUUUAUUCACUAAACACUAAAAGGAAGAGGUUUAUUUUACAUAGCGUUUCUGGGUACGGUUUUAAUUUGCUGCAGUCAGUGUUGAAAUUGAAACAAUCAUAUAUCCUGUGUAUAUACUUGUUGUAUUUUUAGCGGUAUUUAUGUUUUAGAACGUGGAUUUACAAAAAGUCAAUUUUUGUAUAAAGUCACCUUUUUCCGCAAUUAUGUGAUACAAGAAUGUAAAUAAAUACAUUGGUUCUUGUGCAGUGUACUGACGGAGGCAGGAGGAUGGAGGUGUUGUAUAUAUAUUGUACUGAUAUGCUUUGGCCAAUGUAGGAUCAAUAAAUUUUAUAAAAGACGGACGGCUUUCCUAACCCCAUACGCUGUUUUACAAAUUUUGUUCAAAACGACACAAACUCCUCUUAGAAAAACUGUCUACGUACGCCCUGCAAGAAGAAGAUGACGUCAGCGUCAUGUUAAUCAAGUCAUCUGAAAUGUCACGUGUGAUACUGAUUUACCUAUGGUUUGUUUCAUAAUCCAUCCUCAUGUGUACACAUGCGGAUCAUCUUAAAAAAAUAAAAUUUGUACAAACAGA